AUGGCUAUAUCACAGGCAAAUAAUGACAACCAAAAGAGAAAGAUCAUCAUCUUCUCCGACUUCGACGGGACAAUCUUCCUCCAAGACACCGGCCACGUCCUAGUAGACAACCUCGGCUGCGGCGCAGCCUACCGCAACAAACUCGAAGAACAAUUCAAAACCGGCGAGCGAACCUUCCGCGACAUCUCAGACGACAUGUGGGGAUCCCUCAGCAUCCCCUUCGGCGACGGCUUCGACAUAAUGGAAAAGAACCUCGAACUCGACUCUGGCUUCCGAGAAUUCCACCAGUACUGCGUCCGCGAGGGCUUCCCCUUCAACGUGAUCAGCGCAGGCCUAAAGCCCGUUCUGCAGCGCACGCUAGACAUCUUCCUCGGCGAGAAAGAGGCCUCCUCAAUCCAAAUCGUCGCAAACGACCUCCAAGCCCCAGGCGGUAUCCCUUGGAAACCCGUCUGGCGCGACAAUACAGCCUCAGGCCACGACAAAGCCGAGAGCGUAAACCAAGCCCGCACCAAAGCCCAAGCCGAAUGCGAGCCGGACGAGAUCCCGCUGAUCGUCUUCAUCGGCGACGGCGUGUCGGAUCUCGCCGCGGCCCGCGAAGCUGAUGUGCUAUUCGCGCGCCGCGGGCUCAGACUCGAGGAGUACUGUCUCGAGCAUGGGAUUACUUAUACGCCGUUUGAUAGCUUUGCGGAUGUUAAGAAAGAGGUUGAGGCGAUUAGUUUGGAGGAUCAGAGGAAGACGGGUGGUGUGGGGAAGCCGGUGCGGUAUAACCCGCGUGCGAACAUGUGGAGGCGGAUUUCUAGUAAGGAGGCUGUUCCUACGCUUAUGGCCACGGCUACGCCUUCCCGGGACGAGAAGAUGGCGCUUUGGCCGGAUUAUUUCUCGGAGCCUAGGCAGACUGAGCCGACGAUUCAGGAGUGA